ACAAUUUCCAGAGGCCGCCAAACCGGCGGUCCGCCGGCCGGACCCUCCGCGAGGCACCGGGAGCAGCCCAAGCUACGUAGCACUCCGGUUCCGUCAGGUACGAAGCGCACCCAAACAUGGCCGCCGAACGGGAGUUCCGGGGCCGCGGCCGCGACUCCGGGUGACGCAACGGCGGCGGGUUGCAUCAGCCCGCGCCCACGUGCUCGGCCCGUCCCCCCCCGCCCACGGAUCCGGGCGCUGAUUGGGCCACGUUAGGGCCGUGACCUCCGCCUCAGCCAAUGGGAGGCAGCCACAGAGUGUUCUCGCCGCAGAGCCCUAGUGCGAGGUGCCUAUAAAAGGCGCCCGAGGCGGGGGCGCGCGUCCCAGAAGCGCGUACAGUCGUUGCGGAGGUUGCGGGGCGGCUGCGACGCCGCCUGCCUGGCCUCUCAAGAGCGCCGCGGAAGCCCCAAGCGCCGCCGACAUGGAGGUCGAGCCCGAGCCCGAACCUGAGCCCGUCACGCUCCUGGUGAAGAGUCCCAACCAGCGCCACCGCGACUUGGAGCUGAGCGGCGACCGCAGCUGGAGCGUGGGCCGCCUCAAGGCCCAUCUGAGCCGCGUCUAUCCCGAGCGCCCGCGUCCAGAGGACCAGAGGUUAAUUUAUUCUGGGAAGCUCUUGUUGGAUCACCAGUGUCUCAAGGACUUGCUUCCAAAGCAGGAAAAACGGCAUGUUUUGCAUCUGGUAUGCAAUGUGAAGGGUCCUUCAAAAGUGUCAGAGACCAGUACAAAGGUUGCCGAAUCCACAGAGCAGCCUGCUGGUCUUCAUCAGGGACAGUAUCCUGGGGAUUCCUCAGGUGAUAGCUUAAGGCAAAGGGAGAUUCUUCGUAACCUUUCUCCCUCUGGAUGGGAGAACAUCUCAAGGCCUGAAGCUGCCCAGCCGGCCUUCCAAGGCUUGGGGCCUGGUUUCUCGGGCUAUACUACCUACGGUUGGCUGCAGCUCUCCUGGUUCCAGCAGAUCUACGCACGGCAGUACUACAUGCAAUAUUUAGCAGCCACUGCUGCCUCAGGGGCUUUUGUCCCCUCACCAAGUGCACAAGAGAUACCUGUGGUUUCUGCACCUGCUCCGGCCCCUAUUCACAACCAGUUUCCAGCCGAGAACCAGCCAGCUAAUCAGAACGCUGCUCCUCCAGUGGUGGUUAAUCCUGGGGCGAAUCAAAAUUUGCGGAUGAAUGCACAAGGUGGCCCUAUUGUGGAAGAAGAUGAUGAGAUAAAUCGAGAUUGGUUGGAUUGGACCUAUUCAGCAGCCACGUUUUCCGUUUUUCUCAGUAUCCUCUACUUCUACUCCUCCCUGAGCAGGUUCCUCAUGGUCAUGGGGGCCACCGUUGUCAUGUACCUGCAUCACGUUGGAUGGUUUCCAUUUAGACAGAGGCCAGUUCAGAACUUCCCCAAUGAUGGUCCUCCUCAUGAAGCUGUAAAUCAGGACCCCAACAAUAACUUACAGGAAGGUCCCGAUCCUGAAAUCGAAGACCCCAACCACCUCCCUCCGGACAGGGACGUACUGGAUGACGAGCAGACCAGCCCUUCAUUUAUGAGCACAGCCUGGCUUGUCUUCAAGACUUUCUUUGCCUCUCUUCUUCCGGAAGGUCCCCCAGCCAUAGCAAACUGAUGGUGCUUGCUUUCUGGCUGCUGGAGGCCUCGACAGGCGUGGACUGGAUCAUCUAGCUCCAGCUAGAUUUCCUCACCCAGCCAUGGCAGUGGCACAGAAUUAGUAAAGAACCAACAAGGAGAAGGACAUGCUUUUGUGGUCAAGCAAAAGCAGAAACUAAGACGUGAAGCCAUGAUACAAAUUGAUGAACAAAAAUUUUGCCCAAGGCUUCUCCUGUCUUUAUUCUGAAGAGCUUUAAUAUAUACUGUAUGUAGUUUAAUAGGCAUUGUAAGUAGAAGGCAUUAGUGUCGCAUGCUUAUGCCUGAGGAACUUUUCAGAUGUGUGUGUCUGCAUGUGUGUUUGUACAUAGAUCUCAUAGAUGCAGAAAUGGUUCUGCUGGUACGAUUUGAUUCCUGUUGGAAUGUUUAAAUUACACUAAGUGUACUACUUUAUAUAAUCAAUGAAAUUGCUAGACAUGUUUUAGCAGGACUUUUCUAGGGAAGACUUAUGUAUAAUUGCUUUUUAAAAUGCAGUGCUUUACUUUAAACCAAGAGAACUUUGCAGAGGUGAAAACCUUUGCUGGGUUUUCUGUUCAAUAAAGUUUUACUAUGAAUGACCGUG